CGUCGGGUCCAUGCACCCUAACCCGUGCCGUACGAGUGCCACUUUGACAACGGCACCGGUGUAUGGUAUAUAAACUCUCAGCUUUCCACCUAACACUCACUCUCUAAGACUAUCCUCACAUCCUUUCCCCCCCUUCUUAGUCACAGACCUUGUCUUUCCCCCCUCACACCACCAUGACCGACCGAUACACGACUGAGGCAGCACCCAACUACCAGGUGCUGGGUGACAGCAUCACGCUGCCCUUCUCGGGCCGCGUCGCCCCGUCUCGCUUCAUGAAGGGCGCCAUGACGGAGCGCCUCUCGUCGUGGGACCAGCACAACCCGCUGAAGCGAGGCAUCCCCUCGCAGGAGCUCAUCAACGUCUACGAGGAGUGGGGCAAGGGCGGCUUCGGCAUCAUCCUCUCUGGCAACACCAUCGUCGACCACGAGAACCUCGAGGCGCCAGGCAACCCGGUCAUGAAUGCAAAGUCACAGGAGCCCGAGCGAGCAGCCGCGUUUGCCGAGAUGGCCGCCAAGGCAAAGGCCCACGGCGCUCUUUACAUUACCCAGCUCUCGCACGGCGGAAGGCAGGUGGCCAGCGCGAUCCAGCCCAACCCCGUGUCGGCGUCGGACGUCAAGCUCGAUGACCGCAUGGGCUUCUCGUUCAACAAGCCAACACCCCUCUCCAAGGAAGGGAUCAAGGAGGUCAUUGACAACUUUGCCUGGGCUGCCGAGUAUGCCUACAAGAACGGCAGCGACGGCGUCCAGCUCCACGGCGCACACGGCUACCUGCUCGCCCAAUUCCUGAGCUCGUCGACCAACAAGCGCACCGACGAGUACGGCGGUUCGCUCGAGAACCGGGCACGGAUCGUGUACGAGAUUGUGGCCGAGAUCCGGCGGCGGGUGCCCGACCCCAAAUUUAUCCUCGCCAUCAAGAUCAACUCGAAAGAGUACCAGGACGGCGGUUUCCAGCCCGAAGAGUGCCGCGAGAUGUGUGCCCACCUCGAGACGCUCGGCAUUGACGUCAUUGAAAUCAGCGGUGGGACGUACGAGGUGCUGGCGUUUGAGCACAAGCGCGACUCGUCGCGCGCCCGCGAGGCCUUUUUUCUCGAGUUCAGCGAGGUGGUGCGGGAAAAGGUGCAAAAGUCGACGAUCUGGGUCACGGGCGGCUUCCGCACGGCCAAAGCCAUGGUCAACGCCAUCGAGGACAAGUCGACCGACGGCAUCGGCCUCGCCCGGCCCGUCUGCCAGGAGUUUGACCUGCCCAAGCUCCUCAUCGAGGGCAAGGUCUCGUCGGCAAAGAAGCUGCUGCUCAACGAGCAGGACUUUGUCAUCACCAAUGUCGCCGCCGGCACCCAGAUCCGGCAGGUCGGCAAGGGCCAAAAGCCAUUUGACGCCGCAGACGCAGGCCAGGUCGAGAAUUUCCAAAAGACCAUUGCUGCCUUCAUGGUAAAGGGCCAAGAGCUUGGCGCGCAGGGCAUCAUCCCCGCCGGGUACCCGGACCUGGCUCCUUACCCUUCCGCCUCCGCCUAGAUUCACUCUCUCUUUUGUCAUAAUAGAUCACUCCUUUUCUCUCUCUCUCAAAAUCAUUGAUUCUUUCUCAGAUAGAGUACCCUCCAGGCAAGGAUUACAACGAGCUGUAUCAGUGUUAUGAUUGGUGUGGAAGAUCAUCAGAUGAUUCAGGGCAGUGGCCGCCCAUAGUCGUCGACGCCCAGUCUCCUC